CUGCGUCAAUCAUCUGAGAAAAAGAGACCGUCAUUUCAGCUGCCGAAGAAGAAGAACGCUAGCCGUUAGCUUGCCAGGCAAACGCAGUUUAACCAAUGUCUGGCUAACAUCGGUGUAGGUGUCGAAGAAAAUCAUAUGCUGCGAAAGCGAGAGAAGGUCACAUCAAAGAGUUCCUGACAAAGACCGGCCUCACUUUUGACAACAUGGAGAAACAGUUGCAUUUGAACCUGUUAGCCUCCAGACCUCCCAUGGCAGGUGGUUUUCAGUCUGGCUCCAAAAUGAAAAUGGGACCUGGGCGUAAGAGAGAUUUCUCUCCUCUGCCCUGGAGUCAGUAUUUUGAAACCAUGGAAGACAUAGUGGUGGAAAAUGAAAACGGCAAAGAUAUUUUCAGAAUUUACUGCAGUGGCUCCCAUGGUCCUGUGCUGCUCCUGCUUCACGGAGGAGGCCAUUCUGCACUAUCCUGGGCGGUGUUCACUGCCAUCAUAUACAGCAGGAUUAAUUGCAGGGUGGUAGCUAUGGACCUCCGAGCUCAUGGUGACACUAAAGUGAAAAAUCCUGAAGAUCUCUCUGCAGAUACGAUGGCGAAGGAUAUUGGCAAAGUGGUGGAGGCACUUUAUGGAGACAACCCACCUCCAAUCAUGCUUAUUGGACACAGCAUGGGAGGGGCCAUUGCAGUUCACACUGCCACUGCCAAUCAUAUACCAUCCCUGCUUGGUCUGUGCGUCAUUGACGUCGUAGAGGGGACAGCAAUGGAUGCUUUGAACAGUAUGCAGAAUUUCCUCAGAAGUCGGCCAAAAACAUUUAGAUCUCUGGAAAAUGCGAUUGAGUGGAGUGUGAAGAGCGGCCAGAUCCGAAACAUCGAGUCAGCCCGGGUGUCCAUGGGAGGCCAAGUGAAAAAAUGUGAGGAAUCCAGCAGCAGUUCAGGGGUGUCUAAUAGCAUUGGUGAAGGUAUUAUAGAAGAAGAGGAAGAUGAGGAAGCAGAAGAAGAAUCCAGCAAGAAAAGAGCAAAGGAGGAUGACCAGGAGACGAAAAAGGAGAGCAUCUUCACCUGGAGAGUAGAGCUUUCCAAGACAGAAAAAUAUUGGGAGGGUUGGUUCAAGGGUCUGUCUGCCCUCUUUCUCACCACCCCUGUGCCAAAACUGCUCCUUCUCGCAGGAAUAGACAGGCUUGACAAAGAUCUUACCAUUGGACAGAUGCAGGGAAAGUUUCAGAUGCAGGUCCUCCCUCAGUGCGGUCACGCUGUUCACGAGGAUGCACCUGAGAAAGUAGCAGAUGCACUAGCAACAUUUAUGGUUCGGCACAAAUUCACUGAGUUUAAGGAGGGAUACCUGUGCUAAUUUCCAGUUUUGCGUCUACAUAUAGCCAGCAGCCGUAGAAGAAGUGUCUCAAGAUUUAUCAACAUCAUUGUCCAAUUAAGGAAAAUAUAGCUGCUAUUAUUAUUAUUAUUAUUAUUAUUAUUAUUAUUAUUAUUAUUAUGCUUUUGUCAUGUUGAUAUUUUUGCCUUUCUGCUUUGCCUUAUUUUUAUUUUAAAUCAUCAGAUUUGCUUGUAUGUUUCCUUUUUGUUUAUAUAUUUUUUUUUAAAUUUCUGAUUUGUAAUGUUCUCCUGUUUUAUUUUGAGUGAUUGCAUCAUUAUUAAUGUGUGUUUAAUGUUUGAAUUUAAACAGUGAUUAAAGAUGGAUACAGCCAGUAGUGUCA